AUGUCUCAGGAUAUAAGAAAGUGGUUCAUGAAGCAACAUGAGAAAGUCUCUGGGAAUGGCAGUACAUCAAAGCCUUCUCCAGCGGAGAAGCCUCCUGCCUCUCCACAGCCUGCGAAAUUGGUACAAGGAGUUCAAGAAUGUUCUUCCGGCAGGAGGAAAACUAGCAAAUACUUUGCUAAAGAUGAAAGUGAAAAAGAUGAGAUGGAGGUUGAGGAAGUUACUGCUAAAAAGAAAGCACAAAGGGGUAAUACAGAGUUAGCCAGUAAUGCAAAGCCCCCACCCGGAAAAAAGGUCCACAAACUUGAGAGUGAUGAUGACGAUGAUGAUUUUGUUACACCGACUUCAAGGAAGGGUUCAGUCAAUACAACCCCAAACAAGAAGCUGAAAAGUGGUAGCGGAAAAGGAGUUGCUAAAAAAUUAGUUGAUGAAAGCGAUGAAGAUGAUGGUGAAAAAGUAAUAUCUAAUACGAAAUCUGCUGGAAGGGGUAGAGGUCGUGUUGUGAAAGGCCCUUCAGCCACAUCCACUACCUCAAAAGGCAUGGAUGUUGAUGAAAGUGAUGAAGAAGAUGAUGAUAAAAGUGCUAAAACUAUAAAACCUGGUGGUCGUGGUCGUGGUGGAAAAAGUACACCGGCAGGUGGUAGAGGCAGAGGUGGUGGUGGUAGGGGUGGGUUUAUGAACUUUGGUGAGAGAAAAGAUCCUCCUCAUAAAGGAGAGAAGGAAGUUCCGGAAGGUGUUCCUGACUGUUUGGAUGGUUUGACUUUUGUGAUUAGUGGAACACUUGACAGUUUAGAAAGAGAAGAAGCUGAGGAUUUGAUCAAACGCCAUGGUGGGCGUGUUACAGGAUCCAUCAGCAAAAAGACGAAUUACCUUCUAUGUGAUGAAGAUAUCGGCGGACGGAAGUCUGCGAAGGCUAAAGAGCUUGGUACUGCUUUUCUUACAGAAGAUGGUUUAUUUGAUAUGAUUCGAGCAUCAAAUAAAUCAAAACCAAAAACUUCUGUAAAAGAGUCAAAAAUCUCGGCGGAUAAGGUUGCACCAUCUCCUCCUAAGAAGGCUCCUCAAAAGUCAGAGAAAAUUAAACAAGCUGGCGAUGUUGGAAGCUCAGGUACUAAAGGAUUGGCUACUGCAGCCCUUUCUUCCAAGCGAAAAAGUGAACCUAAUGCACAGAAUUUGUUGCCAUGGAAUGAAAAAUAUAGGCCAAAAGUUCAAAAUGAUAUUGUCGGGAAUCAGUCUCUGGUAAAUCAGCUCCGUGAUUGGUUAGCACAUUGGGAUGACCAAUUUCUUCACUCUGGUAAAAAAGGAAAGGGAAAGAAACAGAAUGAUUCCAGUGCUAAAAAAGCUGUUCUGCUGAGUGGAACACCUGGAAUUGGGAAGACUACUUCAGCUAAGUUGAUUAGUAAGAUGCUCGGUUUCCAAGUAAUUGAGGUUAAUGCUAGUGACAGUCGGGGAAAGGCUGAUGCUAAAAUUGAGAAGGGAAUUGGUGGAAGCACUUCUAAUUCUAUCAAAGAACUUGUCAGCAAUGAAUCCCUGGGUCUUAACAUGGAACGAUCUCAGCAUCCAAAGACUGUUCUUAUUAUGGAUGAAGUAGAUGGUAUGUCUGCUGGAGAUAGAGGUGGAGUAGCUGAUCUUAUUGCCAGCAUCAAAAUCUCGAAAAUUCCUAUAAUUUGCAUAUGUAACGACCGAUAUAGUCAGAAACUCAAGAGCCUUGUAAACUACUGCUUGCUUCUUAGCUUCCGGAAGCCGACAAAGCAGCAGAUGGCUAAACGGUUAUCACAAAUAGCCAAUGCAGAAGGCCUUCAAAUUAACCAGAUUGCCCUGGAGGAACUUGCAGAAAGAGUCAAUGGAGACAUCCGUAUGGCCCUCAAUCAACUGCAGUAUAUGAGCCUCUCGAUGUCUAUCAUAAAAUUCGAUGACAUCAAACAAAGGCUUCAGAGCAGCUCAAAGGAUGAAGAUAUUUCCCCUUUUACGGCUGUUGAUAAGCUUUUCAGCUUCAAUGGUGGGAAGUUACGAAUGGAUGAGAGAAUUGAUCUUAGCAUGAGCGAUGCUGAUCUUGUACCCCUUAUUAUCCAGGAAAACUAUAUCAAUUAUAGGCCAAGUUCAACUGGUAAAGAUGAUAAUGGAAUAAAAAGGAUGAGUUUACUGGCUCGGGCUGCCGAGUCAAUUGGGGAUGGUGAUAUUGUUAAUGUCCAGAUCCGAAGAUACCGUCAAUGGCAGCUUUCUCAGACUGGUUGUCUUGCAUCAUCCAUAAUUCCUGCGGCUUUGAUGCACGGGCAACGUGAAACAUUUGAGCAGGGAGAACGCAAUUACAAUAGAUUUGGUGGCUGGCUGGGAAAAAAUUCUACUAUGGGGAAGAACUACAGACUUCUGGAGGACCUUCAUGUCCAUCUUCUUGCUUCACGUGAAUCGAAUUCUGGAAGGGCAACCUUGCGCCUUGAUUACCUUACAAUUCUUUUGAAGCGUUUGACCGAUCCUCUGAAGAUGCUGCCUAAGGAUGAAGCCGUGGAGAAGGUUGUGGAGUUCAUGGAUCUAUACUCUAUUAGCAUGGAGGACUUCGAUACCAUUGUGGAGAUGUCGAAAUUUAAGGGGCAUCCAAAUCCACUGGAUGGCGUACAGCCUGCGGUAAAAGCUGCUCUGACAAGAGCUUAUAACAAAGGCAGCUCGUCACGUGUGGUCCGUGCUGCCGAUUUAAUAACCCUUCCUGGAAUAAAAAAGGCUCCGAAAAAACGAGUGGCGGCUAUGCUAGAACCCAUUGAAGACAAUUUAGUUGGGGAAAAUGUCGAAAAUGAAGAGGAAAAUCUCUCAGAUGCCGAUGACCAGGAGGAUGACGAUGAAUUGGUUGAUCCAGAGAAGAAGCUGCAGUCUAACUUGGAGAGUCUAAAUUCAAAAGCUAUCCGUGUGCAAAUGGAGCUGAAGGGGUCAUCAGGAAGCUCGAGUGCGAAAAAGGGAUCGUCCGGCAGAGGGAAAGCAAAUGCUGCUCCAAAAACUUCAGAAGCCAAAGGAGGUAGAGGCUCUGGGUCUGCUGCCUCCAAGCGAAAGAGAUCUUGA